AUUAUUUGUUCGGAACUUCGGAUGGUCCAAAGAAAAUUAUGUUUUGGGACGCCAUAACAAAAUUAUGUAAUCAUAAAUUAUGACCCUUAAAUUUGAAAGGAUGAAGUCACCGCCGCGCGAAGUAACGGUGCCAGUGUGCCACUCUGACACUCAACAAGAGGCCUGAACAAAGUGUUUGAAAUAUUUGUAACAUCUUGUUGCACAUUUCAAAAUUUUUUUUUUCUUUCUUUAUUCUAAUAAUUUUCCCAAAAUCUCAAUUUUAGUUCACUCUGCAACUGCGAGUUGGGAGCUUUUUAGUCUGGUUCAUCAAUGGCGAACCUUCCUAUUGUCCAAUUCGAAGAGAAAAUUUUAGAAACGGUGGAACAGCAUCCAGUUGUGGUUCUAAUCGGAGAGACCGGUUCGGGAAAGAGCACGCAACUCUCUCAGAUGCUGCACCGAAGAGGCUAUACCAAAUCUGGAAUCAUCGGCGUCACUCAGCCGCGCCGAGUUGCCGCAGUCUCCGUCGCAAGACGUGUUGCACAGGAGCUUGAUGUUCCUCUUGGUGAGGAAGUUGGAUAUGCCAUCAGAUUUGAAGAUAGAACCUCAGAAAGAACCCGCAUAAAAUACCUUACUGAUGGAGUUAUGCUUCGUGAAAGCCUGGCGAAUCCAGAGCUUAAUGAAUAUUCGGUUAUAAUACUAGAUGAAGCUCAUGAAAGGAGUCUAAACACAGACAUAUUGCUGGGAUUGAUGAAACGCUUGGUUAAACGGCCUGCCUCAAAUUUAAAAGUUCUCAUUACUUCAGCUACUCUUGAUGGUGAUAAAGUAUCAAAAUUCUUUUCAAAUUGCCCUGUAAUGACUGUUCCAGGGAAGUUAUACCCUGUUGAAAUAUUGUACAGCAAGGAGCGUCCCAAAAGCUAUCUGGAGACAUCUUUAAAAACAGCUCUUGAUAUACAUAUUAAGGAACCAGAAGGUGAUGUCUUAAUAUUUAUGACUGGACAGGAUGAUAUAGAGAAGUUGGUUUCAAAAUUAGAAGAGAAAAUCAGAAGCCUGGAGGAAGGAUCUUGCAUGGAUGCCAUAAUCCUUCCCCUUCAUGGUUCUUUGCCGCCUGAAAUGCAGGUACGUGUGUUUAGCCCUCCGCCACCAAACUGUAGGCGAAUAAUUGUUGCCACAAACAUUGCUGAAACUUCUCUGACUGUGGAUGGUGUUGUGUAUGUUAUUGAUUCUGGUUAUGUUAAGCAAAGGCAGUACAACCCAUCAACUGGCAUGUACUCUCUUGAUGUUGUUCAAAUUAGCAAAGUACAAGCAAAUCAACGUGCAGGUCGAGCAGGAAGAACACGUCCAGGGAAGUGCUAUCGGCUAUACCCUUCCACAGUUUACCAUGAUGAUUUCCUGGAUGUAACAGUUCCUGAAAUACAGCGAUCUUCCCUUGCUGGAACUGUUCUUUAUUUGAAAUCAUUGGACCUCGCUGAUAUUGAUAUCCUCAAAUUUGAUUUUCUUGAUUCCCCUUCAUCUGAGUCUUUAGAAGAUGCUUUGAAGCAAUUAUAUCUCAUUGAUGCUAUCGAUGAAAAUGGAUUGAUCACAAAAGUUGGGCGAACAAUGGCUGAGCUUCCGCUAGAACCUUCGCUCUCCAGGACCUUAAUGGCAGCAAAUGAAUAUGGUUGCUUAUCCCAGGCUUUGACUGUUGCUGCUAUGUUGUCUGCAGAAACCACAUUGCUUCCUGGUCGAAGCAAGAAUACUGAGAAGAAGAGGAAACAUAAUCAUGUGGACCUUCCUGAUGGAUCUGGCUGGGGGGAUCAUAUCCAGUUGCUACAGAUCUUUGAAUGCUGGCAUCGAACUAACUAUGAUAUUGAUUGGUGCAAGGAUAAUGGCUUGCAGGUUAGAGGGAUGAAGUUUGUCAAGGAUGUUCGGAAACAGUUAUCUCAGAUAAUGCAGAAAAUAGCAAAAGGGCCAUUAGAUGUAGAGACAAGCAGAAGAUGGGAAGAAAGCCAACACAAUUAUCUCAAUUUGAGGAAGGCUUUGUGCACAGGGUAUGCUAAUCAGCUAGCUGAGAGAAUGGUGUAUCACAAUGGUUAUCGAACAUUGGGCUUUAAACCCCAAGUGGUACAGGUGCACCCAUCCAGUGUACUGAAACCAGAUGAUGAUGGAAAACUUCCAGAGUAUGUUUUGUAUCAUGAGCUCAUUGCAACCUCACGCCCAUACUUGCGAUCCGUUUGUUCUGUUGAUAUUAAAUGGGUGACACCUAUUAUAGAGAAGGUUAAUAAACUAAAUGUCAUCAAACUGAGUGGAGGGAUAAAUCAUAUUGAAGAGGGAACUGAGGGAAUUAAUUCAAACUUGCCAAAGAAAGAGGUCGUUGUUGCUGGGGUUCCUGAUAAGCCUGACGAUAGAAUACAAGCAGCUAGGGAACGAUUUCUUGCUCGUAAGGGAAAGAAAUGAGCUUAGUCAUCAUUUUUCUACUGGCUUAGGUAUACCGACUUAACUGCUGGUUUCAACCAGUUCUAUUUGUGGGGAGUGAGCAUAUGAAGCUUGUCAGGAAGGAAGAAAGCUGGUAAGAGCUUUCACUUAUGAGGCUUUCGAGAUUUAUCUUUUAUGGAUCUCAUUAUUGAGCCCAACUCCUUUCAUUUCAGUGUCAACCAUGCUUAUAGAUCUACAAUACGAGGUUAGUUGGAAGACUUGAAUCCUGGGCAUCAAUUGUUAAGGUUCCGACCCCAGCACUGCCAUAGUUUUUAUAAAUCGUCCCCUCAACUGGACUGAUACUUUUCGUCCCCUUCCUCAUUUCUUCCAGUUUCGGUGUUUCACCUCACUUCCCCAAACAAAAAUGAAAAAGUAGGUCGCAGCAUUCCUUCUGUAAGGCUAGGUUUCUGUGUUAUUGUGCUCGGUUAGCAACUUAAAAUGACGGUUAAUCUAUGAUCUGAUUUUUUCUUUUACAUUAGGACCCAAAAAUAAAAAAAUAAAAAAAAAAAAGAAAAAAAAAAUGUAAGAAUUAGAACACCAGUGGAUAGGUUAGGAAAUAAUUGCUUAUAUUUGAUGGUUUUUAUAAUUUAGGAUUUCCAGUUCGGGAUAUCAUCAAGAAGAUGAGAAAAAGGAAUCGACCUUGUUUGCAUAGGGAUACGGUGAUACAACUUUGUUAUCUUUUUGUCUCGAGGGGAAGAUUUUAUUAAACGACGUGAAGUAGCUAGGUCAUCCAAAGGAUAGAAAUUUUCAUAUCCUAACGAGGGGCGGGACAUUAGCACUCCCAUGAAUGGGAAGCUUCGUCAUAGGAUAGAGGAAUGGCGAAGAUGGGACCCUUUCAAUGUCUCUGUGGGUGGACUUGCUGGUUAGCCUGCGUCAAAUCUAUGCACAAUGUCAGUCUCACAGUUGGGAAUUCUAUCUCUUUUAACUUGUGCAUGCCUUUAAUAAAUGAUUUAUUGGGCUACACUUUUAUCA